GUGUCCUUUUAAGGAGAGGGGACUGGAGACACACAGAUGCGGAAAGGAGGCCUGCCUGUUGGGUCAAGCUCCGAGUUUGUGUCGUUUGUGACGGCAGCCCCAGGGAACUCAGACAACAAAGAACCUUCCCUGAGCACAGAUGCUUACGGGUCAUGGUGGAGAGGAAGAUCAUGGAAGCAAAAAGAAGAAUCCCAAAUUCCACCUUGACUCAAAGCCACUGCUGCUGCUCACACCUUCCCCCUCCUGGAAGAGCCGUGCUCUGGCUCUGCAGCAGACCAGGGGGGCUGUCCAAGCCACUGGCCAAAGCCCACCAGGGAACACAGCUGCCAGUGGGCACAGUCGGGUUUGCUGACUCCUUGCUCCACGUUCCACUUUGGAAGUGGGGAUAAUGGACGGCACUUUUAAGUUUUUCUAAUCUUUUUCUUUGUAAAUCUAUCCUGUACAUAACAGAGCACACAUAAUGUAUACAUUUAAAAUAAUAAUAAUGUGAACCUGCCACCCAGCACCUGAAGAAGCAGAACUAAGAAGCGGAAAGGCCACCUCUGAAGCCCUGUGCAUCCUGCAGUCGUCUCCUCCGGCUGCAGUAACAAAGUACCCCAGACACAGUGGCUUAAAACAGCACAACUGUACUCUCUUGCAGUUCUGGAGGCCACAAGUAGGAAAUCAGGGUGCUGACGUGUUGGUUCCCUCUGGAGGCACCUCACCAGCUCCCAGCUCCUGGUGUGUGCCUGAAGCUCUUGGCUUGCAGACGCAUCACCCCAAUGUCUGCUUGUGUCCACAUCGACUUCCCUCCACCCCCCCUUCCUCCUCUCUUGCACUUGUCCUUGCAUUUAGGGCCCGUCCAGGUAACCCAGGCUGAUCUUGCCUGGAGCGUCUUAACUAAUUAUGCUUUUUCCAAGUAAGGCCGCAUUCUCAGCCUCUGGGUGAACAUCCUUUUCCGGGUCACCCCCCAACCCAUCCGAUGGGUGCGGCAGCGCCGAGCCUCCUGGCUGGGAUACAGUCGAGGUGGUGGUGGGGAGCGCCCUGCUGACCCCCACCCAGCCCUCGCAGCCCUGGAGGGUGGUGCGCCAACGCGAGGCGAGGGGGGCCGCCCAGGGAAAUCAGAGACCGGCCGCGCUGUCUGCGUCCCCAAAAGACGCCGCCCCAGUGCUGAGGACACGGAGGGAGCCCCCCGCGGGCCCAGGGCGGGCAAAUGGCAGAGGAGGGCACAGGGGCUCAUCCUUCGCGGCCGGUCCAAAGGGACCUGUGGGACAGCUCCUCUGACGGGGAGGGAGCGGGCCAGCCGGGGGCUCUGGACCCUGCCUGAUGUGAGGAGCGACGGCCGAGCCACCUCUCUGACCUUCGGCUCUUUCCUGCUCUGCAGCUCUGCUGUUGCCACGCGCGGAGGAUGCGCUCAGCCAUCUGCCCGCCUGCCGGUGGAUGCGCUCGGCGAUCUGCCCUCCUGCCGGUGGAUGCGCUCGGCGCUCUGCCCCGCCUGCCCGGGGGAUGGGCUCGGCGCUCCACCCUUCCCCCUGCGCCGGGUGUGUGCGCUCGGUGCUCGGCUCUCCUGGCUGCGCGCGCCGCACGUCCAGCCAGCGCUUCCGGCCGCGGUGGCCCCGGCGCCGGCCCGAGUGGACCCGACCGUCCUGCUUUCCCGAGCGGCAUGCGGCGCUGAACGGCGGGCGGACGACGGCGGCGCCAUGAACCUCCUGCCGUGCAACCCCCACGGCAACGGGCUGCUCUACGCCGGCUUCAACCAGGACCACGGAUGCUUUGCAUGUGGGAUGGAAAAUGGAUUCCGAGUCUAUAAUACCGAUCCUCUGAAAGAAAAAGAGAAACAAGAAUUUCUAGAAGGAGGUGUUGGCCAUGUUGAAAUGUUAUUUCGCUGCAACUAUUUAGCUUUAGUCGGUGGUGGGAAAAAGCCCAAAUAUCCUCCCAACAAAGUGAUGAUAUGGGACGACCUGAAAAAGAAGACGGUUAUUGAAAUAGAAUUUUCUACAGAAGUCAAAGCAGUCAAAUUGCGGCGAGAUAGAAUUGUGGUUGUCUUGGAUUCCAUGAUUAAAGUAUUCACGUUCACGCACAAUCCUCAUCAGCUACACGUCUUUGAGACCUGCUACAACCCUAAAGGUCUUUGUGUUUUGUGUCCAAAUAGCAACAACUCCCUCCUGGCCUUCCCGGGCAGCCACACGGGCCAUGUGCAGCUCGUGGACCUGGCCAGCACCGAGAAGCCCCCCAUGGACAUCCCCGCCCACGAGGGCAUCCUGAGCUGCAUCGCCCUCAACCUGCAGGGGACCCGGAUCGCCACGGCCUCGGAGAAAGGGACCCUUAUAAGAAUAUUUGAUACUUCAUCAGGGCAUUUAAUCCAGGAACUACGGAGAGGAUCUCAAGCAGCAAACAUUUACUGCAUCAGCUUCAACCAGGAUGCCUCGCUCAUCUGCGUGUCCAGCGACCACGGCACGGUGCACGUCUUCGCUGCUGAGGACCCUAAAAGGAACAAGCAGUCCAGUUUGGCGUCAGCUAGUUUCCUUCCAAAAUACUUCAGUUCCAAAUGGAGUUUUUCCAAAUUUCAGGUUCCCUCAGGCUCUCCAUGCAUUUGUGCCUUUGGAACAGAGCCAAAUGCCGUCAUUGCAAUUUGCGCAGAUGGCAGCUACUACAGAUUCCUCUUCAGUCCUAAAGGGGAGUGCACACGGGACGUCUACGCCCAGUUCCUGGAAAUGACCGACGACAAGCUGUGACUCUCCGGGGCGGGGGUGUGUGUGCGGCCAACACCUGUGGCCAGCCACUCCCUCGCUGCAUGGGGCUCCCCAACCCCUGGUGGUGCCAGCACCCUACGGGCCUCGGUGGUGACACACUCAGGGACUGUCUGAGGAUCCGGGGACCCUUGGUUUUGAAGCCAUUCGGGGCUGUUGCUUCCCGAGAAAGGGCCCCCUUUCCAUGCUGAAGUGAAGAACAAGCACCCAGGCACGAGCAGAUGGCGAGGGGCUUCGAGCAGUGCGCCCGGCCGCUGCCUGUUCCACGCCUGGGGGCUGGGGGCUCGGGUCAGCUGGGAGGCCAGUGGCAAGAGGAUGGACCCGCUGGAGCGCAUCUGCAGCAGCAGAUCCCGUCCUCCUUCCUGCUUGGUGAUGGGGAAGGGAAUGAAAUGUGUGAGAGUUAGAUUUUACAGUGUGACAAGACUUUAGUAGAACAAUACCAGCAGCUUGCCUUAGAAGAGCAGGGAGGAAUUCCUUCUCCGCCUGUAUCGAAGAACAUGACACCGCUGUGUUAGGGAAAGUCUGUCCAUUUCUCCUUGUGUGCGUUGUGGUCUCCUUGUGCCCGUGGGUGGGCUGUGAGCCCCUCUGCAGCGGCCCCGUCUCCACUGGCUCUUUUAGACGCAAACGCCGGAGUCCCACCCCGCCCCGUGACCCUGUGCACUGAGGCCUCUGCUCUGGGCGCGCAGGCCCGGCUCUGAGCGAGGAGGGUCCCUUUAAUUCUGUUUCAAGCUCGGUUUCUCCGUUGUGUGGAGGGAAGAAAGCAGUGCCUAGACUUUACAGAUCAGUCGUGGAAGGCAAUGUCAGGUAGCUUAGAUACGGAGGAAGCGUCCGACUUCAGCAGCAAGCGGUUGCACCCAAGAGCCUUUCUUUGCACACUGAGCAGAUGCCCCAGACAGCCCGUCGGUCCCCCUGACGUCCUCACCAUUGCCGUCUCCCAGCGUCUGUGACGAGAGCAACACACUAAUGUUUGGGGAAUGAAAGGCACAUAACAUUUUAAAACUUUUGGUAACUGAUACAGGUUAUGGGCUCUAUCUAUAUUGUUAGUACUAUCUGAGGUAUAUGUUUGAUUUUCUUAAAUUCCCUUUAAAGAGACUUUAUUUUAUGUUUUUCAUUUCAGGUUGCAAACGUUUAAAAUCUGCAGAGCAGCAGGUUUUCAGUUGUGCCGUUCCUUUGCUGUCAUGUAAUCAACUAACUUUGUACGUGGAUUUUGAUGUGAAGUAUGCAUGUUACUUUUAUGUGUAUUUAAUCAUGAAAUUUAAUUUUGCACACUUACUUGUAACGUUUCUUUUAAAUAAAAGUGACUAAUUUUUGUUGUACGCUUUACCCUAAAGGGGAAA